CUUUCUCCUCUCCUCGUUAGAAUACGGCGGGCAAGAUGGCUACAUUUCACGACGAACGGAGUGUGUGGAACUUUUCAGCAGGACCUGCAGUUAUGCCUCAAGUGGUUCUUGAACGCGCUGCUGCCGAACUUCCAAACUGGAACAAUACGGGCAUGUCUGUGAUGGAGCUCUCUCACCGUUCACCGGAAUUUGAAUCCAUUCUCGCAAGCGCCGAGUCCGAUUUACGGAAGCUGCUCAAUAUUCCCUCUACCUAUAAAAUACUUUGGAUGCAAGGAGGCGCCACCUCCCAGUUCUCGACCCUCUUUUACAACCUGCUAGGGGAUCCCACAAAGACGGCUGACUAUUUAGUAACCGGCGGGUGGUCCGAAAAGGCGAUGCAGGAGGCGGCACGGCUAGGUGCUAAGGUGAAUGCCGUGGUCAAUACGAAGAGUACUGGACACAAUGGUGCUGUACCACCGCCAUCGGAAUACAAGUUCACACCUGCGGCCGAGUCCGCAUAUGUUUAUUACUGCGAUAACGAAACUGUUCACGGCGUAGAAUUUCCUUCGUUCCCGGAAGGCGUUCCUGAAGGCGUUCCGGUUGUGUGUGAUAUGUCUUCAAAUAUUCUGUCAAGGAAGUUUGACGUCACAAAGUACGGAAUCAUCUUUGCUGGAGCACAAAAGAACAUUGGCCCGGCCGGGGUAACGGUUGUCAUCAUCCGGGAAGAUCUCAUCGGAACGCGCAUGCACCCCAAUUUAAAAUGUCCGGUUAUGCUCGACUUCAAAGUUUGUGCCGACAAUGGGUCAAUGUAUAAUACUCCUCCCACUUACGGCAUCUACAUGGCGGGCCUGGUGUUUAAAUGGCUACUGGAGAUUGGAGGAGUGGAUGCGAUUGAGUCAAUCAAUGCGCAAAAGAGCGGACGCUUGUACGACGCGAUCGAUAGCAGCAACGGAUUCUAUAGAUGUCCCGUGCAAAAAGGGUUCAGGUCGAGAAUGAACAUCACAUUCCGAAUUUUUAAGAAUGGGGCUGCGUCCAAGGACCUCGAGGCGGAUUUCUUAAAAGGGGCAGAGAAACUUGGAAUGGUACAGCUCAAGGGACAUCGUUCGGUUGGUGGUAUUCGAGCGUCGCUAUAUAAUGCCAUGUCACAGAAAGGAGUAGAUGCCUUGAUAACUUACAUGCAGGACUUUGCGCGUCAACACUCAGAAUAAUUGUGAAAAUAAAAUAUACGUAGACCGCCCAAGCUCUGUACAUACACUCCCAAAUCUCUGUAAAUCACUGAUGCAUUGAGUAUUCUCGGCUCAGUGCAAAUUAGAGUAUCAUUACGAAGAAUCCUCCGAAUCGCUGUAAGCCCCACCGAGAAG